AUAAAGAAUAGGUAGUUACUUUAGUAUCUAAUCCUUAUUCAUACUUUUGUUCCUGAGUCAACAAUUUAUUAAACAAGAAAUUAAAUUAUUAAAAAUCGUGAAAUCUAUUAAACUACACGUGAUUUUUAUCUAAUAAUGUAAACUUAUCUUUAAUUAAUAUGUGUCAUCACAUCAUCUAUGAGAUAACAAAGAUAAAUCAUUAUUGAACAACGAGACGUGUUAGAAAUUCAAAAUUUUUAUCAUGGUAACAUUCUUUUGUAAAAUUCAUUAUCUGAUUGGUAGUAAGUAUAAAAAGGAGUUAUCCCGACGGACAUCAAUCAUCACUCAACAAGCAACGCAAAGAUCACCAUGAAAGCAUUCAACGCAUUGCUGACUAUAUCAACUGCAUUGGCUGUGUCCAACGGCCAUGUAGCGAUUACGAAAACGCCUAACGAACUGCACCCAGUCCACGAGUUGUACGUCAAACCGUCUGCUGACGGCACCACCGGGGACCUGUAUGUGGCAGCAACAGAAGAGAGUGGAUCGAAGACUCAGUGGCUGACCGACCAACCUGUGCAUUUCUUACCAAUGCAGUCCCAGCCGGCCAUACCGACUAGUUACGCAGAAGAAAGCUUGAACACAAAGCGAGCGAUCGUCAAUCCUCAACCUCAACAACAAUACCCAUACGCAUUGCCGGCUACGGGAAGAAGUGAAGCUAAUACCGUUCCAUCCUAUCCGUAUGCACUGCCGGUGCCCAGCCCGACUCCAGCAACAGAAACUAAAACUGAAGGGCCCAUAACAACUGCAGCAGCCAUUCCUCAAUACAACCCAUACCAGUACUUCUAUCCUCAAAUUAUGGCAGCCUACGCAAACAUGUUAAGCGUCCUCAAAGAUGCUGGUAUGAGCGACGAGUCAGCCGCUUCCGCCUUGACGCAAGGCUCUUCGAUGUGGCCCCAUUCCUACACGUAUCCGGUGCAAUAUGUGAUGGUAGACCCCAGCAUGUGGGCGCAAGCUCAAGCCACGACCGCCACCUCCGUUUCUACUACACCGGCUGCAGCCGAUAAGGAAUAAUUAUUUAGCACAAUUAUUUAUUUAUUUAUUUUAGAUUAAUUAAUUUAUUUGUUUGAUGUGAUUUACAUAAAUGGCGAAAAUAAACUUAAAAAAGAAAUAUUUUAAUAUAUUAUGAACCCUUUUUAGAUUUUUUAUAUAUUUUUAAGCAUAAAACUGCUAAAUGUUAUAAAUCUAAAGAAAACUUUACUACAUAAAUCCCACUCGUCUAGGUUUUAGACGGGAUUCGAACCCGCAUCUUACGCUAUCCGGGUGGACGCACUUAUCAUCCUCAUCCCCUACCCUGUAAAGCUCCCGACCUUACUCAGCCACGAAAACACCGACACGACAUGAGGAAGAAAUUUCCCCGAGCGACAGGCGGACUCUCCAAUUCGAGUCAAAAAAAAACUUUUUCUAUCAUGCUUUGCUAGGCUAUCAAGUGGACUUUAUAAUAUCUUGAUUCUGAAAAUCAAAAUGAUA